GGAGAGAACAUGAGAACCCGCCCCGCGGCGCCGCGGCGGGAGCCGGUUGUCACCGGAGGUAACGCGGGGAAGAUGUGCGAGGACACGCGACCAGACGAACACCGUUCAGAUGGGAUCUAACCUCCAAAAACACGCUGCACCUCACACCUCCACCCCCGAAGGUCACACGCGAUGAUGUCAGCGCCUGCAGCCGCUCAGGACUCCUCGUCCUUUUUGUCCGGCGCCUUCUUGGUUUUCGUGGGAAGUGACAGCUACAUUGUGCGCGUCAAAGCGGUGGUGAUGACCAGAGACGAUUCGAGCGGCGGCUGGUUGGCGCAGGACGGCUGCCUGAGCCGAGUGGGCGUCUGCAGGCUGCUGCCCAGCGAACUGCUGGGACGCAACGUCUUCCUCAUCCACGGGGAGCGGCUCAAAGACAAGCAGGUGAUCCUGGAGUGUUUCCUGAAGAAGGAUCUGGUCUACACGAAGGCCACGCCCACGUUCCACCACUGGAAGGUGGACAACAGGAGGUGCGGUCUGACCUUCCAGAGCCCGGCCGACGCCAGAGCCUUCGACCGCGGCGUGAGGAAGGCCCUGGAGGACCUGACCGAAGGUUCCACCACGUCGUCGUCGACGCUGCAGAACGAGGCGGAGCUCGGCGAUGACGACGUCUUCACGACGGCCACCGACAGCUCGUCCAACUCGUCCCAGAAGAGAGAGCCGGCGCCGCGCGCGCUGGGGGCCCCGCACGCCCUCUGCGAGGCCCGCCGGCACCACUGCAUCCUGGGACAUUUUUACGAGCACCACCGGCCCUCGGAGCGCUACUUCUUGGACCAGGCGGUGCACAUGUUCCCUCGCCACGUCAGCUUCCAGGUGGAGGACGAGGAGAUCGCGCGGAUCAACCCGCGCGAGCGGACCUGGCUCACGGGCUACGAGGACUACCGGCACGCCAACGCCAACGCCAGCCCCUCUCGGCAAAAAGGGCCCACCCGGCCUGCCGGCUUGGACGCCUACCUCACUUUCGCAAGGGCCACGCCCAAACACGACUGCGCCUACCCGUACCCGCUGAGCUGCAGCGUGCAGCGGGCCGGCAAACCCGGCCUGCCGGAGUACAGCGGCGGCGGCGGCGGUGGCCGCCGGGCGGCGGUGACGGCGCAGCCGCGAGCCGCGCCGCUCAAAGGCAAGAGGCGGAAGGAGGACGGCGAGCGCUCGCGCUGCGUCUACUGCCAGGACAUGUUCAACCACGAGGACAACGGGCGGGGCCGCUGCCAGGAGGCGCCGGACCCCGUGCAGACCUGCAUCCGGAGGGUCAGCUUCAUGUGGUGCGCCGACAGCCUGCUGUACCACUGCAUGUCGGACACGGAGGGCGACUACUCGGACCCGUGCUCCUGCGACGCCGGCGACGAGCGCUUCUGCCUGCGCUGGUCGGCGCUGGUGGGCCUGUCGCUGCUGGCGCCCUGCAUGUGCUGCUACGCCCCCCUCAGGGCGUGCUACCGCUGCGGCGUGGCCUGCCGCUGCUGCGGCGGGAAGCACAAAGCGGCUGGCUGAGGAGGAAGCCCCGCCCCCCCCCCCCGCUUCCGCGGUUCGCAGAGGCGGCGAGGACCGGUGGGGACGAGGGACGCCGCUGUGUGGUCGGUCUCCGGUCAUCAGGAGGAGAAGAAGCGAGAAGACUGAACAAAGAUUCUUUAUUUAGUAAAUAAAACAAUAUAGAUAUAAAUGUAUGUAUAUAUAUAUAUGUGAAUACAUGAAUAUAUAUAUAUAUAUAUAUAUGAAUAUAUAUAUAUAUAUAUAUGAAUAUAUAUAGGUAUAUGGGUACAUUAUAUUUUUACACUCAUUGUUCUGACGCCUCUAAAGGUCCCGUAGGAUUCAAUAUAACAUUAAUAAUGGAGCCGUUCAGAAAGAGCGCUUUGUACCAGCGAGUCCUCUUCGGCCCGCCGUCGUUUCUACAGCAGCCCAGAAGGGACAAACCAAGCAGCGGCUCCAUAGAGGCCUUUUCCUGCCACUCAACCCGCCACACGGUCACUGCAAUACGGGGAACAUCGUUUCCCCUUAAAGGGUUCGCUCGACAAUUUAAGAACAUUUUAACUUUCUUUUUUUUCCUUCUUCUAGUUCAAUCACAUUCUCCCUCUGACAUCAUGUGUGAGAUUUUAUUUUGCAGAUUAAUAAUCUACAACAACAAAAAAAUCUGCUCCGUUUGACCUUAUUGAAUCAAGGCCUGAUGUGUGCUGGUCAUACUGGUCCGUCUUCACUGGUUUGUUUUACGAUGAGAAGAAUAGAACAGGACACUGAUUUAGACACUGCGUGUGUGUGUGUG